AUGGGUUUUAUGGGAUCCUCUCUCUCCAGAUGUUACGGAGGUUACAGAGAUGGUUUUCCAGCGCACAACGUGGUGACUCCUCGGGAUUUUGGAUAUGGAGCGGUGAAGGAUCUGAUCCAGUACACGGCUUGGAAAGAUAUGAAGUCAUACAUCAGUCCUGCAUUACCAAAUAUAAUUAUGGAUCCCACCACAGCUCACCUUAACCUAGUCCUCUCCGAAGAUCUGACCAGCGUGCGGUACAGUGACACCAAGCAGUCCUUGCCAGAAAACCCACGCCGCUUUGACUACUGCUGUUGCGUCCUGGGCACUGAGGGCUUUACCAACGGUCGCCAUUACUGGGUGAUCGACGUCGGCAACAAGACCAAGUGGAACCUUGGUGUGGCCAAGGAGUCUGUUAACCGACGAGGUGGGAUCACUUUGUCCCCUGAGAAUGGCUUCUGGAUUCUGUGGCUGAGGAACGGGCAUGAAUUCAAAGCCUUGGAUGUCCCCUACCGGGCUCUAACCUUGAGAAGCAAACCACAACGAGUUGGGAUAUACCUAGACUACGAGGGCGGCGUGCUCUCCUUCUACAAUGCUGAUGACAUGACUCACAUCUACACCUUCGUUACCUCCUUCUCCGAGACCAUCUUCCCAUAUUUUUGCCCAUGCCUCAAUGAUUCCGGGAAGAACGGAGGUCCGCUGAAAGUCCUUCAUCACAUUCCAUGA